CACCAGGCGUCUCCAGGAGAUUCUGACUCACAUGGAUCUCAGACGCUGUCUCGUCAGUCAUCGUGUCCUCAGUCGUCUCAGGAUGGACAUCCAGUCGGUCCUCAGGGCUCUGUCCCUGUCUCUGUCUCUGUCUCUGUCCCUGUCUCUGCUGCUCUGGACUUCAGGAGGGGCCCUCGGAGACGACGGCUGGCACAUGAAGGUGGAGGCGGAGGUGCGGGGCAUCGAGGGUUACCCGGUGGUGCUGCCCUGCACCUUCAGCCACCCCCAGCACUCCCAGCAUUCGUCCCUGCAGGUGAUCUGGCGCCUGGGCCACGGCCAGGGCGCCACCGUCCUGUACCGCUGCUCCAGUCGGCCCGGGACCAGCGCCUGUGAGCCGGGGCCACAGCAGGACCAGCGCUACCGGCUGGAGGGGAACCCCAGGGAGCACGUCCUGUCGCUGCGCAUCAACGGCGCCACCCUGCAGGACAGCGGGCGCUACUACUGCAGGGUGGAGGUUCAGGGACGAGAACACAUCAGCUUCGAGGACAAGAUGGGGACCAGACUCAGAGUGGAGGCUCCUCCAAAGAUCCUGGACCUGAUGGUGGAGGGCAGCGACCAGUCCGGGUUCAGAGCCGUGUGCCGGGUCCAGGGCUCCCCGCUACCAGACGUGCAGUGGCUCGGUCCAGACGACCUCCUGGAGGGGUCCCCGGCAGGGCCCCUGGCCCAGGGCUCCCCGGCCCGCUACCAGACCGUCAGCCAGCUGAGGGACGUGGAGCCGGGGCAGCGCUACACCUGCAGCGCCUCCAACCCUCUGGGCAAAGACCAGGCCGCCCUGUACGUCCUGGCCCCCAAACCCCCACCCACCACGGCCGGGGCCCCCCCUCCCUCCCUCCUGCUCCUCCUGUCGGCGUCUCUGGGGGCCAAAGUGCUCCUCCUGGUGGGGAUGGGGGUCUGGAUGGUCCAGGCUGGAGCUCUGCAGGGAGUCGGCUGCUGGAGGAAAUGAGUCAUGAACAAUUAUUAUUAUUAUUGUUUAAAAAUUAAACAGUUAGAUGAUUAUGGUUUUACAUUUUAUUCCUGAAUAAAUAAAAUUAGAAAAUAAAUUAUUGUUUUAUAAAUGUGUAUGUAUAAAAUGAUAGAUUAUAAUUAUUAGUAUAUAAUAUAAAUUAUUUAUUGUCAUAUAUUUAUGUGUGUGUAUAUAUAUAUCUAAUAUUUGAAUCAUGGUUUUAAAAGUUCUUUCUGAAUAAACCUCUUAAUGAGUA